AUGAAGAGUGCACAUGAGCAAGGAACACUUGUCCACCUUUCAAAUUUGGAUCCAGAAUAUACUUCAGGAGAAGUGGAGAUUUUUACAAUGCUUCAAUCUAGGGUGGGUGAUUUUAUCAUCAUUAUUAUUAAAAUAUGGGCUGAAUCUCAUAUAAAUGGCUGGGCUGGAUUCAAAUAUGUAAGGAAAUUGAGAUCACUUAAAGCAGCAUUGAAAGGAUGGAAUCUUGAGGUAUUUGGUAAGGUGGACUUUAAACUCAAGCAACUGGAGGAGGAGAUACAUGACUUGGAUUUGGUAGCUGAACAAAGACUACUCACUGAUACAGAGAGAUCUAAGCUAAGGGAGGUAAAAGGAGAAGCAUGGAACUUAAGCAAAAUGGUAGAAUGGUUAUGGUUGCAAAAGUCUAGAGCUAACUGGUUAUUAAAAGGGGAUAGAAAUACCAAAUUUUUCCAUGUUAUGGCUUCCUCAAGAAGGAAUAGGAAUGCAUUGUGCUCAAUUGAGGUCAAUGGGGCCUUGAAAGAAGAUCCGGAGGAAAUAAGAAUUGAAGUACUUAAUCACUUUCAGAGGCAGUUUGCAGAAUCAUGGUUCAAUAGGCCAAGCUUAUCUGGUCCUUUUAAAUCUAUUGGGGAUGAAGAGGUGCGAGUUGCUUUGGAAGCUGAGUUCACAGAAUCUGAAGUUGUGGCAGCUCUUAAUAACUGUGAUGGUAACAAGGCUCCUGGACCUAAUGGCUUUAACCUUAUGAUGUUCUAG